GGCUGCCAUGGAGAGCGUUUGCAAUGCAUGUAGUGGCUUUACUUUUGUUUGAUCAGUGACAUCACCAAGAACUGUAGAAGCGCCGUUAAUGAACGACUCUUCGUGUAAAUGUAUUUGGUUUUCUAUGUUUUGGUUUAUACUAGAAUAAUGAAAUUCGUAAGUGUUUAAUUUAAUUUCGCAGCAUAUCUUUCGUACGUAUUAAGUUCUUUCACGAGUGAUGAAUAAUGAAGUGAAUCGUCUUUCACUUGGUUCGAGUUCUUGCUUUCUUGUAACGGAAAUUUCAAGUUGUGGUUACAACGUGGCACGUGUUUUCCGAUAAAUGCUUUACAUACAGCAAUAUGCAACUGCAAGUAGAUAUAACAACAAUAAAUAACUAUUUAUAAUUUAUCUGUUUAGUUCGUUUUUGAGCGCUCGUGUCAUUUUGAAUUUGGCGCUAAAUAUGUCGACACCAGAUUUUGUAGACGGGAUUUGUUUGAGUUCGGAUCACGACGGCCUUUUAAGUGUUCCUGAAGAACGUCUGGUGAAGCUUAUCAACAGGGAACCUAUAUCCAACAUCUAUCAUGUGGAACACACACCAUUCGCGAGGGGGAAGUUUGCGGCUGUCCGGAAAUGCACACACAAGGAAACCGGCGUGGAAUAUGCAGCGAAGUUCAUCCGCAAAAGACGACGUGCAACGGACCAGCGUAAGGGCAUACUGCACGAGGUAGCGGUUCUCAAGAUUGCCGCAGACAGCGCUCGCAUAGUUCGGCUACAUGAAGUUUAUGAAACUUCAACAGAGAUGGCGCUUAUAUUAGAGCUAGCUGCAGGUGGUGAGCUGCAAAGGGUUCUUGAUGCAGAAGAAGGGCUUGAGGAGCAGCACGUGGCCAGAGUCAUGAGGCAGAUACUCGAAGGUCUCUGUUAUCUGCAUGACAACAACAUUGCACAUCUUGAUCUCAAGCCACAGAACUUACUCCUGACUGGUGCUUAUCCAGACUGCGACAUCAAACUGUGUGACUUUGGGAUUUCAAGAGUUAUCAAGAGUGGAGUUGAAGUACGAGAAAUUCUGGGGACACCUGAUUAUGUUGCGCCUGAAGUGCUGGGCUAUGAACCCAUCAGCCUCGCUACUGAUAUCUGGUCUGUAGGAGUACUGACAUACGUACUUUUGUCUGGCUACUCACCAUUUGCUGGCAAUACCAAACAAGAGACAUUCUGCAAUAUAUCGCAGUGCUGUCUUAGUUUUCCUGAUGAACUGUUUGAUGGAGUGUCUUCUGUUGCCAAAGACUUCAUUCAGGCUACGUUAGUUAAGGAUCCUAGUAAACGUCUUACUUCUCACCAGUGCUUGGAACACCCAUGGCUGUCAGAGCCAUGCAUAGUUGAAAAACUUUCAAGUUCUUGCCAGGCUGACACAGAACUUACUAUUUCUUCAAGCAGUCCAGCAAGUAGCAGAUUAGAUCAUUCAGAGAGUACUGACAUCAAGAGUUUGUUAGUGAACAGAGCAGUACAGUGUCAUAAUUUUGAAACAAACAGAAUAAAUGGAAAAAGCUGUUCCUCUAGCUUUUCAAAUGGGGGUAUAUUUGAGGAAAAUGGAGUUCACAAUUCAGAUACCAAAGCUACUUCUCCGUCGUUUGGUCUUCAAAAUAAUGGCACAAAUAUUGUUGAUGGAAAUCAUGAGACAGAUAGUGAAGAGCACGAAGAGCUCCCAGUUCAGAAACGCCCAAAGAAUUCUGAAGACAGACGAUCAACUACGUACCCUGUAGCAUCAUGUUUAUUAUGUGCCCAGUGUGGAAUGCAAUGCUGCCGUCUCCAUAGAACAUCGGCAACGCCGGAGCUGUUACAUAUGACUCGACAACACCGCCAUUCCAGUAUGAGUAAUUCGCCAGUUGAAGUAAUUUUGGACAGAGGAAUCACAUGCUAGACAGUAGCUUCAAUGAAUAAGAAUAAAUUGAAGUGCAGUUAUUUUGAAUCUGGGAAACAGCUGAGCUGUUCAGUGCUAUCCUGUUGCAAACUAUGAACUGGUGUUGUAGGUUUGCAUAAAAAUGAUAUAAAAUAUCAGGGUUUUUUUCAUUUUCUUGAUUUUUAUAAAUGCAGACAUUGCUACAAAAUUUCAAUAAAUUCCAUCUUUAAAAAUUCACUGAGAUAUUUCAUUCUGGAAGCCAAGGAACAUUCAGGCAUACAAAGUAAGGAAAACUGGUCAAUUUGAGCAUCAUAAUUACGUACAAACAAAAGUGAUAGACUCCAUUGUAGCUUACAUGUGAUUGUAGUUUGUAGUAACAAACAUUGGUGGAAAAAUUACAGUACUGGUAACCAUCGGAUUUUUACCCUUGGAGCAUGGUUGGAUGCAGCAUCCCAACAUUUUAUUCUAUGAUAUUCAAGUGUAGUUCUAAUUGCUGCAUAGGUAAAAAAAUAUAAAAUGAUUUAAUAGUAUCAACGUUAAAUCAAAUGGAAUUAUUAAGAAAAAGUGCUAUUAUAAAUUUUGCAUGUUCUUAGUCUGCUAAAAAUUUUGUUUUCAGGAAUAUAUUUUGUGAAAUUUCAUAUUGUGUAUACAACAAAGUGUCGUGGAGAGACACGCAAAUAAUGGAUAAUUGGUUGAUGUUUACAUCCAUUGUAGUAGUGUUGAUAAUUAAUCUGCAGUAUACCAAGACACAUUUUUUCCAAGUCAUUACCAGAUAAGAAAGAAACAGAGUAAAUCAAAAUCCAGUGAUUUAAAUAGAAUGUGUUCUUUCUCUAUUUUUAUAUUAGUUAUUGUGUUUCCCCUUUUUCCUCAAAAAUUAUCAUGAAAGUAGGAGUUGUAUUUUGUAGUUCAUGUGAUUUGUGUCUUAAAAAUGCCAUCAAUACUGAAUAGACUCUGUUAUUGUAGCAGUGAAUAGAAGUUGAGUAUGUAUGAAUUACUCUUAAUUUAAAGCUGAUUGCUUUGAAAUUAAAUUAACUUUCACACUUACAAGACUGAUUUAUCUUCAACGUCAAAUUCUGUGUCUUUGUUUUACAGAGGUUGGAGUAAAUUAUGACAUUUUCCUAUGCAUAAUUCUUCAAAGAUUUAAAUUUCCUAGAAUGACUUCUAUAAUGUUGUUUCAGCUUCAGUUUUUGUGUGGCUUACUGAUAUGUGGAAAUUGAAUACUUGUGAGGGGUUUGUUAAUGUUUAUAAGAAAGUUUCAGUUUUUGACAUACACAAAUAGUGUUAUUGUCUACAUGCAUUUGUGUUUCUAGACGUGAGAAAACUAAUCAUGUAAUUGAGUUUAUCCUGUAUAUUUUGAUGGAUUCUACUUGUAAAUUAAGUACAAAUUUCUACUAAUGUCAGCCCAUUAUUUGCAAUUUGUUUCUCUUUUGAAUUAAUUAAUAUUCUUUGUCUUAAGAAUAGGCUAAAUAACAUCUUUGGCAAAUGAGAUGGUUAGGCCAUUAAGAGAUUUGAUUUAUAAAAUGAAAAUACUUCAAGAAUUAAAAAAAAAAAAUAGUAUAAGUAAUGAAUUUUCUAUGAUAGAAAUUUUUUGACUGUAAAGUCUUAACAUGAUCUCCAAUGUUAAGAGAUAUUUCUUAAGGAGAGAUAAAGUAAAUCAGUGAUCGUCUCCAUUGCUAUAAGAAUUCAAAGGAAGCAGUUCCUCAUAUCUCUGGAGAUCCAUUUUUACCAUAAUGGUGUAGUGAUGUUUUGUUUAGUAUCACAGCUAAAUGGUAUUUAUGUUUUCUUCCCAGACCAAAGAUAAUAUUAUGUUAGAUUUGUAUAUUUCUGGGGGGCUGCAUUUAAAAAAUUGUUUAAAUGACUGGGUCUGGUAAACUCAAAACAGAGAAAUAUUAUAUAUCAAAUGAUUAUUCCAGAUGAUUAAGAAAUUUUAAUUUCUAUUCACAACGUUGCAUUUUUCCUCAGAAUAUGUAAUAACAGUUUCAUUUUAUAAGUGACGUAAUCAAAUACCGUGUUAAUUGUCUUAAUACGUACUUAAAUUACAAUUUUUGCAGUAAUCUUUGUGACCAUUAAAACUAAUAUUAAAUAUAUUCUAUAAAAUUGCCCUAA